AGAAUCACAUCUUAGAAAAAUGACAACAAAUACUAUCCUUAAUUUGAUAAAUACAAGAACACAGUUGUUAAGGACAGUACAAUUUACCGUUCAAAAGUGUAAUUAUGCGAAAAAAGAAUCGGCUGGAGUUAGUAUGCUUGGAGGUGCACUUAAAAAGAAAAAACUAGGUAAAGUAGGUCCAGUAGCUGAAAAACGUGUGCUGCCAGUUGAAACAGACCCCAACCGAUUGGUCAAAUAUGCAUGUGGGACAAAUAUAUACAAAACUGGUGAAGAUGUCGAGUUAAAACCUGAUAGUGAAUAUCCAGAAUGGUUGUGGAAUAUUAGGACAGGUGAUCCGGCACCGCUAGAAGAAUUGGACCCAAAUUCUAAAGAAUACUGGAGAAGAAUAAGAAAAAUGGCUAUGAGGAGAAAUAAUAAAUUAGCGCAGUUAAAAUCUUUUUAGAUUUUACCUUAUUGAAUACAGUUGUUUAUUAAUAGAUAAUAUUAAGUUUAAAAUUGUUUAUUUAUGAGUAAAACUUUAAUUAUACAUUUUU